AUGAACAUGCCUUGUUUGUCAAGAGCUGCUUACUACAAGCAAGUUGAUGUAAUUUUGGAAGCACUGGAAAGUGAAGCAAAAGAAGAACUAAAAGGUGCAGGCCAAAGGCUCUCAAAGCUAAUCAUGGAGGAAAAUGGCAUCUCAGACAGCACCACAAUAAUUGAUGCUGCUGUUAGCUUUGAUGGCACUUGGGCAAAAAAGAGGUUUCACAUCACUAACAGGUGUUGUUUUCGUCAUCUCAAUUGACACAGGAGAAGUUUUAGACUAUCACGUGAUGUCUAAAUCUUGCCGUAAGUGCUCCCUAAAGAACUCACAAUGUGAAGGGAAUGUGAAGAGUUUGAAGAAUGGAGGAGGGAGCAUGUUGCAUCUGGAGAUUGUGACAUCAACUUGAAGGAAGUUCACCUGCUAUGGAAGCAGAAGGAGCUUCUGUUCUUUGGAAUAGAUCCAUCGAACUUCAUAACAUGA